AUCACGUGCCUGGGUUUGCCCAAUAACCUUGCGAUCUUUAGGUCCACACAGGCGCGUGACUAUCGGUUACUCUCCUAGAUUCCGUAUCUCUUUUUUCAGUCGUGGGGAUUUUUUAAAAAGAGCUGGUUGUCUCGAUGUAGGGCAUGCUAUGACAGCGUCAUUACUUCUCCAUUCGCGCUGGAUUGACCCAGUCAUGUUUCUGUAUGAUAACGGUUUGGAUGAGAUAAAUAAAAAUAUGGAGGGGUUCACAGGAGGCAAUUUUGCAGCAAAUCAGUGCAGGAAUUUGUUGGCGCAUCCGACGUCCCUGGCUCCAAGCACUACCUACACGUCGAGCGAUGUGCCAGUAUCUGGCAUGGGCGAAGCUGUCAAACAAUGCAGCCCCUGUUCCGCAGCCCAAAGUUCAUCAAAUGCGUCCUUGCCUUAUGGAUAUUUUGGCAGCAGCUACUACCCGUGUAGGAUGUCACACAGCAGCGUCAAGUCCUGCGCGCAACCCUCCUCUGCCUAUGGGGACAAAUACAUGGACACAUCCGUUUCAGGAGAGGAGUUCCCAGGGUCCAGGGCGAAGGAAUUCGCUUUCUACCAAGGCUACUCCUCCAACCCUUACCAACCUGUCUCCAGCUAUCUGGACGUCCCAGUUGUACCCACCCUCAGCGGACCCACCGAGCCCAGGCAUGAGCCUCUUCUGCCAGUGGAGCCUUAUCAGCCAUGGGCUAUCACCAACGGAUGGAAUGGUCCGGUUUACUGCGCUAAGGACCAGCCACAGUCAAACCAUCUAUGGAAAUCGUCCAUUCAAGACACUGUAUCAGGAGGGGAUGGCAGCUCUAUUCGACGUGGGAGGAAGAAGCGCGUGCCAUACACCAAGGUACAGCUGAAAGAACUGGAGAGGGAGUAUGCCGCCAAUAAGUUUAUCACAAAGGACAAACGACGAAGGAUAUCUGAUCAGUCAAACCUGACAGAGCGACAAGUGACUAUCUGGUUUCAGAACAGGCGAGUAAAAGAGAAGAAGGUUGUCAACAAAUUUAAGAGUCCCAGUUAGCUGUAUAUGGAACUAUUGAAACAAAAAGACAGAAAAAGAAGAGACUUGAAGGUUGUUCAAUGAAAAUGAACUAUAUUAUAAUUUAUUACACAAUAUAAGGCGUCUCCUUCUCGCCCGCCAUGGGUUGGCUCUGU